AUGGAGGAACCUUGUCCUCAGAGGGGAGAUCCUUGUCCUCAGUGUGAGGAUCCUUCCUUCAGAGUGAGGAACCUUGUCCUCAGAGUGAGGAACCUUGUCCUCAGAGUGAGGAACCUUGUCCUCAGAGUGACGACGCCUGUCCUCAGAGCGAGGAACCUUGUUCUCAGAUUGAUGAAACCUUCUCCUCAGUGUGAGGACCUUGUCCUCAGGGUGAGAAGCCAUGUCCUCAGAGUGAGCAACCUUGUUCUCAGAGUGAGGAACCUUGUCCUCAGUGUCAGUAACUAUGUCCUCCGAUUGAAGAACCUUGUCCUCAGAGUGAGGAACCUUGUCUUCAGAGUGAGGAACCUGCCUUCAGAGUGAGGAAGUACCUUGUCCUCAGUGUGAGAAACCUGACGUCAGAGUUUAGGAACCUUCUCCUCAGAGUGAGGAACCUUGUUCUCAGAGUGAGCAACCUUGUCCUCAGAGUGAGGCACCUUGCCCUUACGUACAGUGAGGAACCUUGUCCUCAGAAUAUCAGGAACCUUGUCCUCAGAAUUAGGAACCUGCCUUCAGAGUGAGCAACCUUGUCCUCAGAGUGAGGAACCUUGUCCUCAGAGUGACGACCCUUGCCCUCAGAGUUAGGAACCUUGUCCUAAGAUUGAGGAACCUUGUUCUCAGAGUGAGGCACCUUGUCCUCAGAGUGAGGAACCUUGUCCUCAGUGUGAGGAACCUUGUCGUCAGAGUGAGGAACCUUGCCCUCAGAGUGAGGAACCUGCUUUCAGAUUGAGAAACCUUGUCCUCAGUGUGAGGAACAUUGUCCUCACAGUGAGGAACCUUGCCUCAGAGUAUGGAACCUUGUCCUCAGAUUGAGGAACCUUUUCCUCAGAGUGAGGAACAUUGUCCUCAGAGUGAGGAACCAUAUAUUCAGUGUGAAGAAACUUGUCCUCAGAGUGAGGAACCUUGUCCUCAGAGUAAGGAACCUUGUCUUGAGUGUGAAUAACCUUGUCCUUUGAGUGAGGAACAUUGUACUCAGAGUGAGGAACCUAGUCCUCAGAGUGAGGAACCUUGUCUUCAGAGUUACGAACCUUGUUCUCAGGUUGAGGAACCCUGUCCUCAAUUGAGUAUCCUUGUCCUCAGAGAAAGGAACCUGGUCCUCAGAGUGAGAAACCUUGUUCUCAGAGUGAGGAACCUUUUUCCUCAGUGGGAGGAACCUUGUCCUCAGAGUGAGGAACCUUGUCCUCCGAUUGAUGAACCUUGUCCUCAGAUUGAGGAUCCUUGUCCUCGGUGUGAGGAACCUGCCUUCAGAGUGAGGAACUUUGUCCUGAAAGUGAGGAACCUUGUCCUCAGGGUGAGGAACCUUGUCCUCAGAGCGAGGAACUUUGUCCUCAGAGUGAGGCACCUUGUCCUCAGAGUGAGGAACCUUGCCCUCAGUGUGAGGAACCUGCUUUCAGAUUGAGAAACCUUGUCCUCAGUGUGAGGAACAUUGUCCUCAGAGUGAGGAACCUUGCCUCAGAGUGUGGAUCCUUGUCCUCAGUUUGAGGAACCUUGUACUCAGAUUGAAGGACAUUGUCCUCAGAGUGAGGAAGCAUGUCCUCAGUGUGAAGAAACUGGUCCUCAGAGUGAGGAACCUUGUCCUCAGAGUAAGGAACAUGCCUUCAGAGUGAGGAACCUUGUCGUCAGAGUGAGGAUCCUUGUACUCAGAAUGAGGAUCCUUGUCCUCAGAGUGAGGAGCCUUGUCCUCAAAGCGAGGAACCUUGUCCUCAGAGUGAGAAACCUUGUUCACAGAGUGAGGAACCUUGUUCUCAGAGUGAGGAACCUUGUCCUGAGUGUGAAGAACCUUGUCCUUUGAGUGAGGAACCUUAUACUCAGAGUGAGGGAACUUGUCCUCAGAGUGAAGAACCUUGGCCUAAGAGUGAGGAACCUUGUCUGCAGAGUGAGGAACCUUGUUCUCAGAGUGAAGAACCUUGUCCUCAAUGUGUAUAACCUUGUCCUCAGAGAGAGGAACCUUGUCCUCAGAGUGAGAAACCUUGUUCUCAGAGUCAAGAGCCUUUUCCUCAGUGUGAGGAACGUUGUCCUCAGAGUGAGGAACCUUGUCCUCAGAAUGAUGAACGUUGUCCUCAGAAUGAGGAACCUUGUCCUCGGUGUGAGGUACCUGCCUUCAGAGAGAGGAAUCUUGUCCUCAGAUUGAGGAACCUUGUCCUUAGAGUGAGGAACCCUGUCCUCAGAGUGAGGAACCUGGUCUUCAGAGUGAGGAACCAGUCUCUCAGAAUGAGGAACCUUGUCCUCAGUGUGAAGAACCUUGUCCUCAGAGUUUGGAACCUUGUCCUCAGAUUGAGGAACCUGGUCCUCAGAGUGAGGAACCUAGUUCUCAGAGUGAGGAACCUUGUCCUCUGCGUGAAGAACGUUGUCCUCAGAGUGAGCAACCUUGUCCUCAGAGUGAGGAACCUUGUUCUCAGAGUGACGAACCUUGUUCUCAGAGUGUUGAACCUUGUUUUCAGAGUGAGGGACAUUGUCCUCAGUGUGAGGAACCUUGUCCUCAGAGUGAGGAACCUUGUCCUCAGAGUGUGGAUCCUUGUCAUCAGAGUGAGGAACCUUGUUCUCAGAGUGAGGAACCAUGUCCUCAGUUUGAAGAAACUUGUCCUCAGAGUGAGGAACCUCGUCCUCAGAGUAAGGAACUGGCCUUCAGAGUGAGGAACCUUGUCCUCAGAGUGGGGAUCUUUGUUCUCAGCAUUAGGAUCCUUGUCCUCAGAGUGAGGAGCCUUGUCCUCAGAGCGAGGAACCUUGUCCUCAGAUUGAGAAACUUUGUUCUCAGAGUGAGGAACCUUGUCCUCAGAGUGAUGAACCUUGUCCUCAGAGUGAGGAACCUUGUCCUCUGUGUGGAGAACCUUGUCCUCAGAGUGAGGAACCUUGUUCUCAGAGUGAGGAACCUUGUCCUCAGAGUGCGGAACCUUGUUUUCACAGUGAGGAGCCUUGUCCUUAGUGUGAGGAACAUUGUCCUCAGAGUGAGGAACCUUGUCCUCAGAGUGAGGAAGCUUGUCCUCAGAGUGAGGAACCUUCCUCAGAGUGAGGAACCUUGUCCUCAGGGUGAGGAACCUUGUGCUCAGAGUGAGGAAGCAUGUCGUCAAUGUGAAGAAACUUGUCCUCAGAGUUGGUAACCUUGUCCUCAGAGUAAGGAAACUGCCUUCAGAGUGAGGAACCUUGUCCUCAAAGUGAGGAUCCUUGUCCUCAGAAUGAGGAUCGUUGUCCUCAGAGCGAGGAACCUUGUCCUCAGAUAGAGAAACAUUGUCCUCAGAGUGAGGAACCUUGUUCUCAUAGUUAGGAACUUUGUCCUGAUUGUGAAGAACCUUGUCCUUUGAGUGAGGAACCUUGUCGUCAUAGUGAGGAACUUUGUCCUCAGAGUGAGGACCCUGGUCCUCAGAGUGAGGAAACUAGUUCUCAGAGUGAGGAACCUUGUCCUCUGUGUGUAGAAUCUUGUCCUCAGAGUGAGGAACCUUGUCCUCAGAGCGAGGAACCUUGCUCUCAGAGUGAGGAACCUUGUCCUCAGAGUGUGGAACCUUGUUUUCACAGUGAGCAGCCUUGUCCUCAGUGUGAAGAACCUUGUCCUCAGAGUGAGGAACCUUGUCCUCAGAGUAAAGAACCUUGUCCUCAGAGCGAGGAACCUUGUUCUCAGAGUGAGGAACCUUGUCCUCAGAGUGAGGAACCUUGUCCUCAGAGUGUGGAACCUUGUUUUCACAGUGAGGAUCCUUGUCCUCAUUGUGUAGAACCUUGUCUUCAGAGCGGGGAACCUUGUCCUCAGAGUGAGGAACCUUGUCCUCAGAGUGAGGAACCUUGUCCUCAGAGUGAGGAACCUUGUCCUCAGAGUGAGGAACCUUGUCCUCAGAGUGAGGAACCUUGUCCUCAGAUUGAGGGACCUUGUCCUCAGUGUGAGGAACCUUGUCCUCAGUGUGAAGAACCUUGUCCUCAGAGUGAGGAACGUUGUCCUCAAAGUGAGGAACCUUGUCCUCAGUGUAAAAAACUCGUCCUCAGAAUGAGGAACCUUGUCCACAGGGUAAGGAACCUGCCAUCAGAAUGAGGAACCUUGUCCUCAGAGUGAGGAACCUUGUCCUCAGAGCGAGGAACUUUGUCCUCAGAGUGAGGCACCUUGUCCUCAGAGUGAGGAAACUUGUCCUCAGUGUGAGGAACCUUGUCGCCAGAGUGAGGAACCUUGCCCUCAGAGUGAGGAACCUGCUUUCAGAUUGAGGAACCUUGUCCUGAGUGUGAGGAACAUUGUCCUCAGAGUGAGGAACCUUGUCCUCAGAGUGAGGAAGCUUGUCCUCAGAGUGAGGAACCUUGUCCUCAGAGUAAGGAACAUUGUCCUCAGAGUGAGGAACCUUGUGCAGAGAGUGAGGAAGCAUGUCGUCAGUUUGAAGAAACUUGUCCUCAGAGUGAGCAACCUUGUCCUCAGAGUAAGGAACCUGCCUUCAGAGUGAGGAACCUUGUCCUCAGAGUGAGGAACCUUGUCCUCAGAGUGAGGAACCUUGUCCUCACAGUGAGGAACCUUGUACUCAGAGUCAGGAACCAUGUCCUCAGUGUGAAGAAGCUUGUCCUCAGAGUGAGGAACCUUGUCCUAAGUGUAAGGAACCUGCCUUCGGAGUGAGGAACCUCGUCCUCAGAGUGAGGAUCCUUGUCCUCAGAUUGAGGAUCCUUGUCCUCAGAGUGAGGAGCCUUGUCCUCAGAGCGAGGAACCUUGUCCUCAGAUUGAAAAACCUUGUCCUCAGAGCGAGGAACCUUGUCCUCAGAGUGAGAAAUCUUAUCCUCGGAGUGACGAACCUUGUUCUCAGAGUGAGGAACCUUGUCCUCAGAGCGAGGAACCUUCUCCUCAGAGUGAGAAUUCUUGUCCUCAGGGUGACGAACCUUGUCCUCAAAGUGAGGAACCUUGUACUGAGAAUGAGGAACCUUGUUCUCAGCGUGAGGGACCUUGUCCUCAGCGUGAAGAACCUUGUCCUCAGAGUGAGGGACCUUGUCCUCAGAGUGAGGAACCUUGUCCCUAGAAUGAGGAACCUUGUCUUCUGAGUGAGGAACCUGCCUUCAGAGUGAGGAACCUUGUCCUCAGAGUGAGGAAACUUGUCCUCAGAGUGAGGAACCUUGUUCUCAGAGUGAGAAACCUUGUCCUCAGUGUGAAGAACUUGUCCUCAGAGUGAGGAACCUUAUCCUCAGAGUAAGGAACCUGCCAUCAGAAUGAGGAACCUUGUCCUCAGAGGGAGGAUCCUUGUCCUCAGAGUGAGGGACCGUGUCCUCAGAGUGAGAAACCUGGUCCUCAGAGUCAGGAACAUAGUUCUGAGAGUGAGAAACCUAGUCCUCUGUGUGAAGGAUCUUCUCCUCAGAGUGAGGUACCUUGUCCUCAGAGUGAGAACCUUGUUCUCAGAGUAAGGAACCUUGUCUGAGAGUGUGAAACCUUGUUUUCAGAGUGAGGAACCUUGUCCUCAGUGUGAGGAACCUUGUCCUCAGAGUGAGGAACCUUGUUCUCAGAGUGAGGAACAUUCUCCUCAGAGUGUGGAACCUUGUUUUCACAGUGAGGAGCCUUGUCCUUAGUGUGAGGAACAUUGUCCUCCGAGUGAGGAACCUUGUCCUCAGAGUAAGGAAGCUUGUCCUCAGAGUGAGGAACCUUGUCCUCAGAGUGAGGAACCUUGUCCUCAGAGUGAGGAACCUUGUCCUCAGAGUGAGGACCCUUGUGCUCAGAGUGAGGAAGCAUGUCGUCAGUGUGAAGAAACUUGUCCUCAGAGUGAGGAACCUUGUCCUCAGAGUAAGGAACCUGCCUUCAGAGUGAGGAACCUUGUCCUCAGAGUGAGGAUCCUUGUCCUCAGAAUGAGGAUCGUUGUCCUCAGAGUGAGGAGCCUUGUCCUCAGAGCGAGGAACCUUGUCCUCAGAUAGAGAAAAAUUGUCCUCAGAGUGAGGAACCUUGUUCUCAUAGUGAGGAACCUUGUCCUGAGUGUGAAGAACCUUGUCCUUUGAGUGAGGAACCUUGUCGUCAUAGUGAGGAACUUUUUCCUCAGAGUGAAGACCCUGGUCCUCAGAGUGAGGAAACUAGUUCUCAGAGUGAGGAACCUUGUCCUCUGUGUGUAGAAUCUUGUCCUCAGAGUGAGGAACCUUGUCCUCAGAGCGAGUAACCUUGUUCUCAGAGUGAGGAACCUUGUCCUCAGAGUGUGGAACCUUGUUUUCACAGUGAGGAGCCUUGUCCUCAGUGUGAAGAACCUUGUCCUCAGAGUGAGGAACCUUGUCCUCAGAGUGAAGAACCUUGUCCUCAGAGCGAGGAACCUUGUUUUCAGAGUGAGGAACCUUGACCUCAGAGUGAGGAACCUUGUCCUCAGAGUGUGGAACCUUGUUUUCACAGUGAGGAUCCUUGUCCUCAGUGUGAAGAACCUUGUCUUCAGAGCGAGGAACCUUGUCCUCAGAGUGAGGAACCUUGUCCUCAGAGUGAGGAACCUUGUCCUCAGAGUGAGGAAUCAUUUCCUCGGUGCGUGGAACCUUGUUCUCAGAGUAAGGAACCUUGUGAACAGAGUGAGGAACCUUGUCCUCAGAGUGAGGAACCUUGUCCUCAGAGUGAGGAACCUUGUCCUCAGAUUGAGGGACCUUGUCCUCAGUGUGAGAAACCUUGUCCUCAGUGUGAAGAACCUUGUCCUCAGAGUGAGGGACCUUGUCUUCAGAGUGAGGAUCCUUUUCCUCAGAAUGAGGAAUCUUGACUUCUGAGUGAGGAACCUGCCUUCCGAGUGAGGAACCUUGUCCUCAGAGUGAGUAAACUUGUCCUCAGAAUGCGGAACCUAGUCCUCAGAGUGAGGAACCUUGUUCUCAGAGUGAGGAAGCUUGUCCUGAGUGUGAAGAACCUUGUCCUUUGAGUGAGGAACCUUGUCGUCAUAGUGAGGAACUAUGUCCUCAGAGCGAGGAACCUGGUCCUCAGAGUGAGGAACCUAGUUCUCAGAGUGAGGAACCUUGUCCUCUGUGUGUAGAAUCUUGUCCUCAGAGUGAGGAACCUUGUCCUCAGAGCGAGGAACCUUGUUCUCAGAGUGAGGAACCUUGUCCUCAGAGUGUGGAACGUUGUCCUCAUUGUGAAGAACCUUGUCCUCAGAGUGAGGAACCUUGUCGUCAGAGUCAGGAACCUUGUCCUCAGAGUGAGGAACCUUCUCCUCAGGGUGAGGAACCAUUUCCUCGGUAUGAGGAACCCUUUUCUCAGAGUGAGGAACCUUGUGCACAGAGUGAGGAACCUUGUCCUCAGUGUGAGGAACCUUGUCCUCAGAGUGAGGAACCUUGUCCUCAGAGUGAGGAACCUUGUUCUCAGAGUGAGGAACCAUGUCCUCGGUGUGAGGAACCUUGUUCUCAGAGUGAGGAACCUUGUGCACAGAGUGACGAACCUUGUCCUCAGUGUGAGGAAUCUUGUCCUCAGAACGAGGCACCUUGUCCUCAGAUUGAGGGACCUUGUCCUCAGCGUGAGGAACCUUGUCCUCAGUGUGAAGAACCUUGUCCUCCGAGUGAGGGACCUUGUCUUCAGAGUGAGGAUCUUUUCCUCAGAAUGAGGAACCUUGUCUUCUGA